AUGUCAGACGACGAAGCCGAACCAGUUGCCCACGACGAAAUAAAAUUCGUCUUCGAAGAUGUUUUCGGCGCCGUCGAUAAAACAAUCCCAACGCUUGCCGAAGUUCGAUCAUCCGCCACAAAAUUCAACGAUGCUCACCGAUAUAUUCUACAAAGAAUGUUGGUUGAUCCAUGUGUCACAAUGAAGAAGUUCAAUAUAAUGUAUAUCGAUUAUGUUGCAACCAGAAAAUUGAAAAGGCAUCCAAGUGUUGUCAAAUAUAUUCGAGCGAAUGGGUGUGAACUUCGAGAUCUCGCAAAAACUAUCUCAAAAACAAUCAAUAAUGCAAAAAGUUUGAAUAAUGAUGAUGAUGAUGCAGAACAUGAAUUAGGAAUGCGACUUGUGAUUUUAUCCGAAGAAUCAACACCAAAAGAAUGGGUUGUUUUGAUCAGUGAAGUUCAAAAUUCUGAAAUUAUCAGUGAACAAUCCGAUAUAAUGUAAGUAUAAUUCUAUACUUGAUUCAAACUUUAAUUCAUUUUUGUAGUAAACCAGAGCGUGAUUUCUUUCUCGCAACAAUCGACGAGUUAUUCGAAAAUAACGGAAAAAUCACAAGAAAAUCUGCAAUCCGAAGCGGGCAUGAAAAAUUCAAACUUGGCCUCGUCAAAAGCGAAAAAUUCCUCAAUCGAAUGAUCAAAGAGGGCUAUUUCAAAUCGUCUGAAAAUCAAAAAUUCAUCGAAUUAUCACCAAGAUUGGUUGCCGAAAUGGAUCCAUAUUUGCGAGCGAAAUAUUCGACAACAAUUCAUAUUUGUGAUCUUUGUCGUAGAAUUAUUUCAAGGUAAUUUUUCCCGUGAGGGAAAACUUUUCUAUGAAAACUAAACAUUUUCUUUAUAGACCAAUUUACUCUGCCGAGUGCUCGAAAUGUGAAAAAUAUAUGCAUCUCAAUUGCUUCAACAAGUAAGUUUAUCCAAUCUACAAAAAUAAUUUAUUAAAACGAAACAUCGAGCUCUUUUUUGUUCCCACUCAAUUUCAUUUUUCUCAAACGACUCGCUCGAUUUUCUAGCGGACCAUCUCCGAUUUGAGGAGUCAAGAAUUUCGGUAGAUAUUUUGAAGGAGUUACCAAAUCAUUUUUGAGCGGUGUGCUACUUCUCCUCGGAUUUGAUGCGAAUAAUUUCCUAGAAACUGGAGGUGGCGCAGAUUUUCGAUUCGGUUUCACAACAAUUUUUGGUUCCUCCAAAACUGGUAUCAAACUAUCUCUUAUAAACGCUUUAAAAUCCUCGUCUUUUAUCGGUGAAAGAAUCUGCUCCGCCGAGCCCCAACCAUUCUUCAAAAUCUGGUGGAACUCGUGUUUUCCCAUCGGAGAAACAAUCAUAUUUUCUGGCUCUUUUUUCUUCUCCUGAUCUUCUUCAAUAGCAUUAGUUGGCUUUUUUGAAAUUCCGAAUUCAUUCAACAACAAAAUCCCAGCUCGAGUUAUUAUCUUGUUUUCGAUUCGAUGCAAUUCUGAGGUUAUGAAUGGCAAAUGAUUCAAACCAUUUUCUUUUUCAAUCGGUUUUAGAGAUAGAGAUUUCUGGAAUUUCAGUUUUUUUUUGAAGAUUGAGGAUCUGAAAUUGAUACCUUAUUGUUUUUUGAUGCAAUUUUUCUGUUAUCCAUUUUUCUUUCUGCUAAAAAAAUAUUUAAAAAUGAUUGGACAAAUUUUUCAAAUUCGAAUGCCCUCCCAAAAAAUAAAAUCCACGUUUCACGUUUUUAUUUAUUUCAAAUUUCAUUUUCAAAAAUGAUUGGAAAAAUCUCAGAUUUAAAUUUCUAAAAAUUAAAAUCCACGUUUCACGUCUCACGUUUUUUUUUAAAUUUUCAAUUUUAAACUUAAUUUUUUUUUCAGCGCAACUGCAAUCAGUGAUGAAAAUGGUGUUGAAUGCCAAGGUUGCAAUACACUUUUGAAAAAAGAAGAUGUAAGUUUAUUUUUCCAUUUUUCCCUCCAUAUUUAUUUCAAUCUUUUUUUUCAGGUUCUUCGUGAAGUUCAAAACAAACUCAAUGAAGCAUGA